UGUGAGAAAGGCAGGACGCUAGGCAAUGUUGCGAGCCAAGUUGGAGUUUUCUAGCAUAGACUACUUGCUUGGUUUGCUUCCUUUUUGUUGGUUAUUUAGGGCAUUUAUUUUGGAGAGUGUUCUUCGAGUCCAGGGCGCGGCUAUGGCAGCGGCCGAGGCGCAGCAGCAGCAAUGGCAGCAGCAAUUUGGCAGCCAUCAUCAUCCCAUGACGCUGGAGGAGGUGAGAACGCUGUGGAUUGGCGAUCUCCAGUACUGGAUGGACGAAAAUUACCUCCGCAAUCUCUUCGCACACACCGGAGAGGUUUUAUCAGCUAAAGUUAUCCGCAACAAGCAAACUGGUUAUCCCGAAGGAUACGGAUUCAUCGAGUUCAACUCUCACCCGGCUGCCGAGCGAGUUCUUCUGGCUUACAACGGAACACAGAUGCCACAAACCGAGCAAGCUUUUCGCUUGAACUGGGCCUCGUUUGGCAUGGGCGAGAAACGCAUGGAUGGAGGUCCCGAGCUCUCCAUCUUUGUGGGUGACCUGGCACCCGAUGUUACGGACUACAUGCUCCACGAAACCUUCCGGACCCGGUUUCCAUCAGUGAGAGGAGCAAAGGUGGUCAUUGAUGCAGUCACAGGCCGCUCCAAAGGAUACGGCUUCGUGAGAUUUGCCGACGAGAACGAGCGAGCUCGUGCCAUGUCCGAGAUGAAUGGAGUUUACUGCUCGAGUCGGCCGAUGCGUAUAAGUGCCGCGACUCCCAAGAAAGCUAUGGCUGCUGGUCUCACUACUGUUACUGCUGCUACGAUUGUCCCGCAGCCAACGAUCGCAUCACCGUUCAAAGCAGCGACUACCACGACUACGUAUCAAACAAUGCCUUACAGUAUUACUCCGCCUCCUUCGUUAUCCAUUCAAUCCCAAGUCCUACCUCCAGAUAGCGAUCCCACAAACACAACGAUCUUCGUUGGUGGCCUUGAUCUCAAUAUCACUGAAGAGGAAGUGAAGCAAACGUUUUCUCAUAUUGGAGAGCUCGUGUCUGUCAAGAUACCUCCUGGUAAAGGCUGUGCGUUUGUUCAAUACGCUCAGAGAAACUCUGCUGAAGAUGCAUUACAGCGGCUUCAUGGUACUGUAAUCGGUCAGCAAGCGAUACGACUCUCAUGGGGACGAAGCCCAACAUCCACUAAGCAGCAGGCUCCAACGUCACCUUGGAGAGACGCAGCACAAACACAAUGGAAUUCCUACUAUGGCUACCAAGGAUACGAAGGAUACGCUUACACUCCUGGACAAGAGGGCUACAGCGCCUAUUACACACCAUAUCACCAGAUCGAUGGCCAGUAUGACGAGAUUUUCGAUCCACUUGCUCCUCCAGACAUUGACAGGUUAAACGCUGCUUAUAUGUCCAUGAGAGAGAGCGCAUUGCUUGGUCGGCAUCUCUGGCUAAGAACGUCCGACCAAGUCCAAACAUUAGCUUAGAAAGAACCACGCAAACAAAAUUUUGUGUAGUAGAUCAUGUGUAAAGGUAUUCUAGUUUGUGAAUGAAUGACAAAACCCUAAAGCACAGCAAUGUGAUGCGUGGAUUCGCCGGCGGCAUUGCGCGGACGAUCUCCAGGAGCAGCAGCGCGUUUUGGAUCGAGCGCCAGGUCUUCAGCAGCAUCGCAGCUGGAUUCCCCGGCGGCAUUGCGCGGCCGAUGUGAGUCAAGACGUCUAGGAGCAGGAUCGAGCAUUUUGAUCGAGAGAUCGGAAGAGCGAGGAUUGGAUCAAGACAAUGACGGAUUUUUGGAGGGAUCAAUCGCAGUGGAGCGUGAAUCGCGUGGAAAACACGAUCAUCGAUCGCUCCUGGCGGGAUUGAUGGCUUGAAGGACCUCGAGCGUGGUAAGAGUUAAUUUGGCAGCGAUUACUUGUUCUCGCGUCUCUAGCAACAGGGAUGCUCUCCAAGCGCGAGAACGUUCGUCGCGUGACGGCCCGCGUCUCCGCUGGGAACGAUCGAUUCAAGAGCCUGGAGAGAGGGAUGGCACUACACUCUCAAGUUCUGGAGGCCGGGUAUGACUCAAACGUGUUCGUGUCCACGGCGGUGGUGGACACGCAUGCCAAGUGUGGGAGGCUGGGCGACGCUCGGAGGGCCUUUGACAGGAUGGCUUUCCACGACACAGUGUCGUGGAAUGCCGGUAUGUGGAGCACGGGAAGAACGAGGAGGCUGUGGGGAGGUGUUCGAACAGAUGGUGGCGGAAGGGUGUACACCGAACGAGACUACUCUUCUAGCUGCUCUCGAGGCAUGCUCGGAUCUGGCCGAGCGCGAGGAAGGAAAGAAGGUUGAAGGGAAAGUGCUGAAGGUGGGCUGUUUGGCUAGAGGUGCUGCCAUCCACAGGGAAGCGGCAAGAGUUCGUUCUUCACAAACUGAGAUACCUGGAAACUGAAGCUGUCAAGUUGUGUGACAAGACAUCCGUGGCAAACACGCUGAUUAAUACCUACGCGAAAUGUGGAAGGCUGGA